AUGACUGAAGGAAAUCAUUCCCAACUGAAUGAGUUCAUUCUCACUGGGCUCACAAAUCUUCCAGAGCUGCAAAUCCCUCUCUUUGUUGUGUUUCUGCUUAUCUAUUGUACAACUGUCGUGGGGAACCUGGGGCUCAUCUUCCUGACCAGGACUGAUUCUCGACUUCAAACUCCCAUGUACUUUUUCCUUGGUCACUUGGCUUUGGUUGAUGUUGGCCAUUCCACAUCUGUGGGCCCCCAAGUGUUGGUCAAUUUGCUGGAGGAGAGAAAAUCCAUUUCCUUCUACCACUGUGCCGUGCAAUUCUGUUGUUUCAUUACUUUUAUCGUUACCGAACUUUUCCUCCUGUCUGCGAUGGCCUACGACCGUUAUGUGGCCAUCUGCAAUCCUCUGCUCUACAAGCUCAUCAUCUCAGAGAAAGUUUGCACUCUUUUGGUUGUCAUUCCCUACAUCUACGGCUUGGCCAUCGCCCUGUUCUUCGUAGUCUUCACGUUUCGGUUGUCCUUCUGUGGCAAUAAAGUCAUCGAUCAUUUCUACUGUGAUAGCCUACCCAUCCUGAAGUUGUCCUGUUCUGACACCCAUGUCGUAGAAUAUUUCAUUUUGGGGGUUUCUACUUUCAAUUUGAUUUUCUCCCUCCUGAUUGUCCUGGUCUCUUACAUCUCCGUUAUCUCUACCAUCCUAAAGAUCCGUUCUGCCCAAGGCAGACGCAAAGUCUUCUCUACUUGUGGUUCCCACCUAGUGGGGAUGACUGUGUUCUAUGGGACUCUGAUUUUUAUGUACUUGCGGCCACCAGCUAGUCAUUCAUUUGAAAAAGAUAAAAUGGCUUCCGUGUUUUACACCCAAGUGCUUCCUAUGCUGAACCCCCUGAUCUACAGUCUGAGGAACCGGGAGGUGAAAGAGGCCCUGGAAAGAACUCUCACUGCUUGUUGGAUACAUUUCAAAUACCUGAAAUCAGGAAAUCUGUUCAAUAAAACACUUUAA